GUGCCCAUAAUUCCAAUGUUUACAGUAAAUAUCAGAGAAGCUUUUAGAACACCUAACUGGGCCAGAGCGUGGUUCCGAGGCUUGUAUGAAAAGACCAGACUUCCUCUGGCGCCUGUCUAUGGAUUAUUCCCAGUUAAACUCAAAACAAUAUUUGGCGAGCCCAUCCUGGCAAAUCCUAACUUCACUGCAGAGGAGCUUGCAGAAGCUGUGAAAAGUGCUUUGGAAUCUCUAAUUGCAACUCAUCAGAAGUGCCCUGGCAAUAUACUGCGCGCAUUGUUAGAAAGAAUUCCCUUCUUCAGAUGAAAAGAUUUUGCUCCCAUUUCUGCUGCGUUCACUUACGAGUUGCAUCAAUAUCCCAAAACAAAAUAUUUAAUAAUGCCAUUCAUUUUGUUUUUUCAU